GUAAAUACCAUAUUAUCAUUCCCUUGAGUUUGUAGCUAAAUGAGCUUUAAAGUGAGAAAAUGAACUCAAAGUACUGGCUUACAUUUUAAGCAUAUGGGUGUUUAUUUUGUUGGUUUCCUUGUCUUUACCCUCUCCCAGGACAAGACUCUAAUAAAGGGGGGAUGUUUGGGGUAUUGUGCUAAUGAGGCUGAAGUUUUGUUUGUAAAAACUUGUUACGGAGAGAAAGGAAGAGUUACAAGAGUAUGUUUUGGACGUCAGCAACAGCACGCUUUGCUUCCUGAGCUGAACAAAACCUAUCGUUAUAUAGGCAGCUGUAGUUGCGUGAGUUAUGUUCCAAUUCCUGUUUCCUGUUUUUGGGUAUUGAGUAAAGGGAAUCUCCCCUGGUUUUAUCAUCUCUUCUGUUUUUAUGCUUCCCCUCCCCUUGUUCACCGCAUCUAAAAAAAUCAUCUUCCCAUAUAUGUCGAGUCCUACACAGAGAGAGAAAGAAAAAUAGAAACCAAGAACCCACCAAGGCGUGCAAAAAAAAAAAAAAGGAAAAACCGGAAAGCUAGAUAAGAACCCACCCCUCUGAUCAUAGUCCUCUCUCUCUCUCUCUCUCUCCUCUUUCCCUUUGAGAUGUUAAAGACACUUUGUUCUUUUAUCGGGUUUCCUUUUAAAGGGUACUUUUUUUUUAUUUUGCGUUUUUGGUCUGGCUUUUCCAGUUUAAAGGUUCUGGUUUGAAGGAAUUGAAUGGUUGAGGCUCUCUUAGCUGGACAGUUCUUGCGUUUUUAGCUAAAAUCUUCGAAGUUCUAUCACUUCUUCCUAUCAAGGUUUUUCAUAGCCAAGGGAAGCAUUGUUGAUUUCAUGAUGCGGGUCUUCAUUGUUUUGAGCUUUGGUUGAGUUACUCCUUUUAAGUUUGUUGCUGGUUCUUGGUCUCAAAGUUAAAGAAAAAAAAGGUGAUCUUUUUGGGUUUGUUGGAUAUCUGUUCCAUCAGUUAAGGGUAUGGAGAGCGGUUGCUCAAAGAAUGGUGAAGCAUGUCCUCAACUUCUAUAUUUGAUUCCUCAAGGAAGAAAGUGGCAUGUGAAGGGGGAAGAUGAGAUAAGGCAUGGAUCCUCAGAGGAGAAGAAGCUAGAACUGAGGCUUGGUCCCCCAGGUGAAGAUAACUGGUCCUUCAAAGACGCCACCAAAAACAACAACCGAGAGAGAGAUGAGUCUUUACUCUCACUUGGGUACUCCUCUUCAAUGAAGAGCAAUGGAAAACAGACACAUCAGUUUCCAUCUACUGAAGACCAGCCGGCUGGGUCAGUUUUGUCCACUCCAUGGGCCAAAAACCUCCAGCAUAACCAUCAACAGCAGAUAAAGCCUCCUUCAUUUCUUCAGUUCCCAUCAACAGCCCCACAGAGCUUGCCUGUUAUAGCAAAGGAAUCGUCACAGCCCUGUUGCACUAAAGUGGUAGACUUGCAGAAUGCAGAGAGAAAAGCAUUUUCACCUCCUGCAAAUACAGCUGUGCCCCCCAACAGUUCUCAGAAAAGAAGUGCUCCUGGUCCAGUUGUGGGUUGGCCUCCAAUUCGUUCUUUUAGGAAAAAUCUUGCAGGCAGCAGCUCUUCAAAACUAGCUUCUGAAUCACGAAGUGUGGUCCCUCACAAGGUUGUGAAUGAAAAAGCAGCAGCUGAACCUAGUGGAAAAAGCCUAUUUGUGAAAAUCAACAUGGAUGGAGUUCCAAUUGGCAGGAAAGUGGAUCUCAAAGCCUAUGACAGCUAUGAAAAACUGUCGACUGCUGUUGAUGAGCUCUUCAGAGGCCUCCUUGCUGCUCAAAAAGAUUCCUCUGCUGGUGGAAUAGUGAACAAGCAAGAGGAAGAGAAAGUGAUUACAGGCGUAUUGGACGGAAGGGGGGAAUAUACACUUGUUUACGAGGAUAACGAAGGAGACAGGAUGCUUGUUGGGGAUGUCCCAUGGCACAUGUUUGUAUCAACAGUGAAGAGGCUGCGCGUGUUGAAGAGCUCCGAACUAUCUGCACUUAGCCUUGGGAGCAGCAGUCAGGGAAAGACAUCGGCUUGACUCUGCCUCGAAAACUAGAGUUUUCCUUUGAAGAUUCUCCACCAAAGUUUGAAGAAAGAGACUAAUAAUUAUGUUCACGUUUUGACAUUUUGCUCCCCUAUUUUGUACGAACUGGUUGCACUAAGAGUAUAUAUAUAAGUUUUAAGUAGUUUUUUAUGUAAAUUUUGACUUCUUCACCUUUGUUUAACAUGCUUUUUUAUUUUCCCCUACAUAAAUGCCAUUUGGAACAAUGCGUAAAUAAUAAGCAAAAUCUUGAGUUCGAUGUGUAACCUUUCGUGUUAUAUGCUUUGUAUUAACAACCCAUUUCGGAAUGGUUAAAGUCCCAACAUUUUUCUUUUGCUUUGAUUCCAUUGAUGCUCGCUGCGACCGAGUAGUACUCUACUCAAAAUUCAAACUGUGCUUUUGGCUUUGGAUUUACUUGUUGGUCAAAAGGACAACCCCAUACCUUACUCUAACCCUUUUGGUCUCAUUGGCGCAUGGGUUUUGACCAAUGUUCCAUCAACAACCAAACUUGUUAAGCACUGGUCAACGAAACAUGGUUUAGACUGUCUGGUUUGGUUUGGGUAUUAAAGUCUAGGGGCGGUGUCAAGCUCAAUGAACUUCGAAGGGCACAAGAAACUUUUAGAAAAAAGAGGAAGUAGCUUAAAAAAAAAAAGGUUUAGAGGGGCGGAUUGAGGGGUCAUUAUCAACGGAGCUGCCUAACUUUGGGCCCAAAAAUAACACUGGUCUAAGUAUAAUUCCUUUGGAGACGUGUCACGAGUGGGAAUGUGAGAGGGUGUCAAACACACGCUCGCAGUUGCCGGCACUUAUCAGGGCGUUUGCUUGGUCAUUGGCC